AUGAUAUAUGACAAUGAUGGUGCGUCUCCGGCCCAAGAUGCGUCACAGGAGAAGUUGAUUGCAGAUCACAUGUACCGCAUGUCUCUUAUUACCAUGCUAGCCCCCCCAUCGCUCUCUUCGCGACUUGACAUGACCAGGUGUAUGAAGAUGUGUCUCAUACAUGACAUGGCCGAAUCACUGGUUGGCGAUAUCACCCCAGUUGACGGCGUACCGAAGCCAGAGAAAAGCCGCAGAGAAUCCUCCACUAUGGAUUAUAUCACCGAAACGUUACUUGGUAACGUCGGUGGUGGCAACCCGGGCCGGGAAAUGCGCCACAUUUGGCAAGAAUACGAAGAUUCGAGGACACCAGAAAGCAUUUUCGUGCACGAUGUCGACAAAAUCGAACUUCUCUUACAGAUGGCCGAAUAUGAGAAGCGUGGCGAUGGUCGUAUCGACCUAAGCGAAUUUGCCUAUGUGGCCACCAAAUUGUCACUUCCGGAAACAAACGAGUGGGCAGAGCAAAUUCUCCGAGAACGCGACGAGUUUUGGGGUAGCCGCCUACACGUCCAGAAUGACCAAGGUGUUGAUGGUGGUGUCUCUACAGACCGCAACGAAAUGCGAAACGCGUACUACACACAGAACGGCGAGGCCAGGAGCGAUAAUGAUUGA